CUUCAAAGGCAGCUGAAGAGGCAAUGGACUGAUGGCUUCUGGUGUGCAGUGGAACAGCAGCUGAAACAGUUAUUCUUGAAGGAGUAACUAGGCAGACAAAGUCUAACCUCCCAAUGGUAGACUGGCAUUUAAUAAGGAAGAUGAAGCCACCCACAAGCCGAGAAUAAUGGAAAGCUGAAUUUCAAGAACAUCAGCAAUUUCUAGAAUUUAAAAUCCUGAAUCAUGACAGAACACUGGUGAAAUUCAAGUUUAUCUGGAACAUGGAAUAUUUGCACUGACUGAAUGUGAGGUUGAGCUGUAGACCUUGUGUACACCCUGUUUCACAAAUGAGUCUUUCAGACAUGCUAAGCCUGUAGGCCUGUAGGCUGAAGAUGAUGCCCCAAUGUUCAGAGAAACCUCAGGUGACUGUCCAGGAAGCUGGCUAUUUCUGUCAUAACUAAUAUUUUUGGAAGUCACUUGUUUUCACUUCCUGUUUUACUAGGAUCUAUCCAACAAGAUCUAUAGAUAACCACAAAGCUGCACUUCUCACCCAGUUGCUGAAUCUCAUCCUUAUUAAAAAGCUUCCAGUCUUAUUGCCAUCAAACUAUAGUAUCUAGCAUGUCUUCUCCUGACCAAGGAAACGAUACAGCUGAAAAUGCUCUCAAAAAUGCUGAAAUUGAGCAACCAAAUGCCUGUGAGACAGAGAAAGAACUUCCACUUGCUGAUGCCAACACAAUUUCUCAGGUGGAAACCAAUGAAUCAGGCAGGGAGCUAAACUCAUCAAUCUCCCAAGAAGAUAUGUGUCCUCAAGCAACAGAAAAUAGCCAGUCUGAAGCAGAGAAGACUCAAAAUGAUCCACCAAAUGAAGAAUUAACAGAAGACACUCUUCUACUACAGAUACCUAUUCCAAGAAAGCUGACAUUUCCUAGGUUAAGAUUGUUUAGCAUUAUCUAUCUCUCUAUCCCACAACCACAAAUUUAUGAAAACAAGCCCUUAUCAGAUAAAACAAUGUUCUACCCAGGAAGGAUGGAGAUGAAAAUGAGUGAUUGUUUUCCUAAUUCCACAUGUGACAAAAUGGUACAUUCUCAUUCCCUGCAACAGCAGGUCCCGUUUAUUCAUUUUGAUGAGAUAAAUAGGAUGAUUAUUUACCUGUUGUGCAGGAGAAAUUUCUCUCCACCUGAACAUUGUCUACAUAACACAUGGGUAAAGCAUAAAUAUGUAGCCAUUCUUUCUGACCCAAAUGUUCUCAACAACAUUGAAAGGAAUAUUGUUUUUGGAAGGCCUUUGAGAGUGUACUACUACCACCCACUUAUUGAAAGAUUGACUCAAAGAAAAACUAGUAAGUCCUAUCAAAACAACAAUGGAAACCACCCUGCUGUGAGGCCAAGAUUCUACCUGCCACAGUUCCCAACCCAGAACAUUGUCCAUAGAAAAUAUUUUAAAAAUAUUUGGAGAACUUGUCACAAACUGAAACUAGUAAUCAUAACCUACAAGAACAAUUGGAAAUAUCUUUGUUCCAUCUGUGGGUGUACUUUCGACAACUUUCAAGAUUUUAAACAUCAUUUCUGUAACUUUUCUGGAAAUUAAAGUAGGAUUAUCACUCUCUUUUUUAAAUUUUAAAUUCUAAAAUUUAGUAAUGUUAAUAUUCAUCUGAAACAAUAUCUUGUGAUCUAUAAAUUUAGUAUGGUUCCAUUACACUGCAAAACUGAAUACAAACUAUGUGCUACAGUAAACAUUUCGGGGAAGAGAAUUAACCUUCAUAUUUAUCAUUGGAAUAUGAAGCUGUUUAUUUACACUGAGUCAGCAACUAAACCAAGAUGAUGUUUGCAACUCCCUUGACAUCUAUUUCUGCUGAUAGAAGUAUUGUUACUGGCCACAAAUUAAACAAUAUCCUGGUAAAGAUAGCAACAGAGAGAUAGACAAAGUCAUACCAGGGACUUCUAGAGAUUCUGCGCAAUGAAAUAUUUGGUUCCCUCCAAAAUUCAAUAAAAUCAUAAUAAUGACAUUGCAAA